UACGGCGCUGAGGCAAUGAUUGCAAAACCUAAUUUUCACAGCCGUAGCAUUUUUUCGGAGAAUCUAAUCGCCGUUGAAUUGCGUAAUCUCGAGGUGAAAUUAUAUAAACCGAUUUACGUAGGCGUGAGUAUCCUCGAUAUUUCUAAAACAUGUCUAUACGAAUUUCACCACGAGUAUAUGCAGCCUCUAUAUCGUAGUAAAUGUAGAGUUAUGUAUACAGAUACCGACAGUCUUAUAUAUCACGUCGAAUGCGAGGAUAUUUACAAAAACGUGAAGCAUGACAUUCAUAGAUUCGACACGAGCGAUUAUCCGGUCGACAACGCAUACGGUAUACCUCUCGAGAAUAAGAAAGUGCCGGGUCUAAUGAAAGAUGAGAACAAUGGUGCGAUAAUGACCGAGUUUGUCGGACUCAGGGCAAAAAUGUACAUGUUGAGAGUGGACGGAAAAAAGGACACUAAAAAAGCGAAAGGUGUCAAGAAUAACGUAGUAGCGCGAACCAUAACGUUUGAUGAUUACACCCGCUGUCUCCACGAAGAGAUCGAAAUGACGCGUCGCCAGUCGUGUAUAAGAUCUAAGCUGCACGAAGUAUACACGGUGUCCAAAACAAAAAUUGCUCUAAGUCCGUACGACGACAAGAGAUAUCUCGUACCUGAUUCGGUCGAGACGUUACCGUGGGGAAAUUAUCGAAUACCUUUGUAACAUUAUACUUUUAUAUUUUCUUAU